AUGGCGUUCAACAAUCUACCGAUGCUAUGGGUGUUCUCCUUGAGAAACAACUGCCUCAUGUGGCUUACCGGCUGGAGUUUUGCAACCUUCAUGACAUUUCAUCGCCACAUAUCACGUAUCGUCUUGAUCCAAGCGAUCGUACAUGCUUCCACAUAUUCUGCCUAUCAAGCUGCCUUUGACUACUUGGCGGCAUCCUGGAACGAACACUACUGGCAGAUGGGCGCCAUGGCCAUCAUUGCGAUGGGUUUCAUUCAUCUGGCCUCAUCCAUCUACUUCCGGAUCAAGUGCUACGAGCUUUUCCUGGUCGCGCAUAUAGCGCUCUCUGUUGUUUUCCUCGCCGGAUUGUUCUAUCAUAUCGACCACUUUGUCGGGAGAUACGAUGCUUACAUCUGGCCUCUGGUUGGGGUCUGGGCCUUUGAUCGUGCGGUCCGGAUUGCCCGGUUGGCGUAUUGCAAUAUCGCUCUCUUUUCCAGUGGCACGGUGGUUGGAUAUAACUCUGUCGCGUCCCUCCUUGGAGAAACCGGUCUGAUCAAACUCGAGGUGACAAUCUCGUCGCAAUUCCCGACGCUCGGCGCAGGUCAACACUUUUACCUCUACCGGCCGCUGAAGUGGAGGGGCUGGGAAAGCCACCCCUUCACGCUGGCAGGCUGGACAUGGACACAUACCGAAACUUCUGCUAAUGAAGUUGAACAGUCUGAGAGUCUGAGGGACUUGCCCGAGAAGAAGGCAGCGCGGACAGACACCAUUGCAACAUUACCGCCAUCAGCCGAUGCCGGCAUUUCGCUACCCAUACCAGCCAAUACUCCCAAACACGACGAGGGUAGUAAGAGUACCAUUUUGACGACGGAGAUGGAGCAAGUCUCUGGACGUAAGGUUACAUUCUACAUCCGUCCGCGUGGCGGCUGGACGAUGCGGCUCCGCGAUGAAUGUUUGAAGGAGCCCUCGAGGUCCGUUAGGGGCCUCACGCUGCUCGAAGGACCCUAUGGGCAAGUCAGGAGUCCGAUUCACACGUUUGAAAACGUGGUAUUCGUCGUCGGGGGCAGCGGCAUCACGGUUGCAAUGUCAUAUCUUCAGGACCACGUGGAGAGGACCACAAGGCCACCACGACGAGGACGAACAAUGCGCACCAGAACGCGGCAGAUCACCCUGGUCUGGGUGACCAGGAAGACCUCCAUGAUACGAGAGAUCACGUCAGGCGGUGGUCAGCUGCGGCGCGUUUGUCAUCGGGGAGACGUGCGCAUGCGUCUCUUUGCCACUUCUCCCAGGGUGGAAGAACAAGAUGAAGCAGAAGUGGAAGCAGAAGCAGAGCCACAUACACUAGACAAAGGGUCCGCCGGCCACGAGAAGGCCGAUGAUCAGGGACGACAACGGCGACAACCCCAGCUGCACAUUUUACACGGACGGCCGAGUAUCACGGACGAGGUCUUCAGCGCGAUCAACGGCGCCGCGAGCUUGCCACAGGAUGCAAGGACGGCCAUCGUGGCCUGUGGGCCGGCUGGCAUCGCAGACGAAACCAGAGCCGCUGUUCACAAGGUACUGAAAGAAGGCAACGAUAGAGUCGAGUACUUCGAGGAGAAGUUCGGGUACGUACAGAAAAUUGAUCGGCUCCGUCCAGAGGUUGCAAUCCCUUCGGUUUGA